AGAUCUGUUAGCUAGGAACAAAUGUAGCCUGCGAAUUUGUUUCUGACGGACACUGUAAUGUAGCACCACUGGUCCCAUCUUGAGAGAGAAGGGAGUGCAAAGCAAACCGUCCAUAUUACCGCUGCUUUGUCAGCACUUUUCAAGGUGAUGGACCCUCCUGGUGGGGGAGACGAACGGCGGAGGCAGGCAGAGCGUCUUCGUCGGGAGGAGGCUUACUAUCACUUCAUUAAUGAAUUAAAUGAAGAGGAGUACCGCCUAAUGAGAGACAGCAACCUGCUUGGCACCCCUGGGGAGGUGACUGCUGAGGAGCUUCGGCAGCGUCUUGAUGGAGCAAAAGAGCGCAUGUCUUCUCAGCCCCGUACUGAGCAGCACGCGCAAACUGCUGAUUCUGGAGAACAGCAGGGCAGUAGCGGUGAGGGAGAGGAGAGAGCGGCUGGAGGGAGACGAGGAGCAGGGGCCGCAGAGCCUGGAGCCGAACCAUCUAAUGGUGACUCAUUACUGGAGUGGCUGAACACUUUUAGACGCACUGGCAAUGCUACUCGCAGUGGGCAAAGUGGCAACCAAACAUGGCGUGCUGUCAGCCGGACCAACCCUAACAGUGGAGAGUUCCGCUUUAGCCUGGAGAUCAACAUUAACCAUGAUCAGCCAGAGCCGGGGGAGCAUAAUGACACUGUGGACACUGCAGAACCGCCAGUGGCUGCCCCAAAUUUAACUUCACCCUCUAUACGCACUGCUUCCACAUUCUCCAACCCUCGCCCUUCAACCACGCCAAGGCCAGUCCCGUAUCCCACCCCUCGCCCAGCCCUCAGUAGGAGGAUGCAGACACGGCGUGCACGCAACAGCACUACCGCUCUUUCUAUGAGCCCCCCUGCACUUCCUGCACCCGUGGCCUCCCCACCUGCUGUUCAGAGGAGAAGUGCCACUUUGCACUCUUUGGCACCUCCUCCUACGGUUCCCAACCCUCCUAUUGAUCAACUGACACCGUCGCAACAUCAAGGCCUGAAUGCCGAAGUAGAGCAUAGCAGUGAUAAUAUGUCUUCUUCUUUAGACUGUCCCCGUGUGUCACUGCAGUCUGGGUCUCAGGCCCCAGCAGUGGGACAUGAAUCGCGUGGCAGGAGGACUCGAUCACGUGGUCGUGCACGCAGGGCUAUUGCUGGGGUUUCAUCCCGCUUAUCAAGGCACAGCCGUUCCCCUUUGCACAGAAUACCUGUUGCCAGUACCACUCUACCAUCAAGUAGUGGUGUUGGUGGCUCUAGCAGCCAAACUAUUGAGUCAGGCAGUGGCACAGGCUCUGUUUCCAUGGAGACGGUGGAGGCUGUGGCAGAACCUGCAGCUCUGACAGAGCCAGCUGUAGAGACAGGAGAACGCGAUAGUGAAUCGCAUGUAGUAGGAGCAGGAAGUGCAGCGGUGCGACGGCACCCAACCAUCAUGUUGGACCUGCAAGUGAGAAGGAUCCGACCUGGUGAAAACCGCGAUCGGGACAGCAUCGCCAGCAGAACGCGUUCCCGUGCCCGGGUUGCUGAGAAUACAGUCACCUUUGAAAGUGACAGUGGUGGAUUUAGACGCACCAUCUCCCGCUCUGAGCGAGCUGGGAUCCGCACCUAUGUGAGCACUAUUCGGAUUCCACUGAGACGCAUCAGUGAGACGGGCCUGGGGGAGCCCAACUCAACCGCCCUGCGUUCCAUUUUGCGCCAGAUCAUGACUGGAUUUGGGGAGCUGAGCUCCCUAAUGGAGACAGAGGCUGAUUCUGAAACUGUUGCACCUAGCCACACAGAUGCUAGUGUUACAAAUAGUAGCACCAGCUCAGCCAGUCGUCUGCAUACAAAUGAGACCGAAGCUGGCCAAGUUGGUAGGGUAGAUCAGGAGAGGGUGGGGCUGGUGGGAAGUGAGGAGGACCAGGGUGGGCAGGCCAGGCUCGGAGGAGGGGUUGUGAGCACCACAGAGGGCCGAGCCACCAGCAGAGACACCAACAACCUGGUAGAAAACGGUACUCUACCUAUCCUCCGGCUGGCACACUUCUUCUUGCUCAACGACGAGGAGGAUGAUGAACACCCUAGGGGCCUGACCAAAGAGCAGAUUGACAAUCUAUCCACGCGCACCUAUGGUCAAGCCAGUCUGGAGGGGGAGAUAGGUCGUGCAUGCAGUGUUUGCAUCAAUGAGUAUGCCCAGGGCAACAAGCUGCGCCGCCUGCCCUGCUCCCAUGAAUUUCACAUCCACUGCAUCGACCGCUGGCUCUCUGAAAACAACACCUGCCCCAUCUGCAGGCAGCCCAUACUCGCAGUGCAUCAAGACUGACCUAUUUGCUCAAAAACACAGCUAUCAAGUUCCUGGCUGGCUGAACUGAGUAGACCCAAGUGGGCUUUGCAUGUACAUAGCGCUUUCAUGGUUUAAUUUUUUCAAAAAUAUCCAUUGUGUUGAAGUUGAAGAAGAUUGAACCAAAAGUGCGGGGGGGGGGGAAACUAUAAAUGCAGAGAAUUUACUAAACUUUAUUUUUUUAGACUCUUUGUUUUCAGCAACUUAUUAUUGUUUUAUUUUCUUCUUCCUAUGACUCGUUUCACUGGUCUCUGUCACAAAGCUUAAGAGGUCCAUGUCAUUGGAUGGCAUUAAAGCUUAAUUAAGGAGCUCCCGAAGUCGGUGCUGACUAGUCUCACUUUAACUCUGUCUGAUACAUGUGACAUCUCCUUGUCACAACAGGUCCACACAAAUCACUUCUAGAUCUGCUUUAUUCAGUAUAAGCUGUAAAUAACUCGCCACUGCUUGUAUUUUUUAUUGUUUUGACACAAGCAGCUCCUCACAAGCCAUGCGUUUAGAAUGGAAGCAGGAAACUUUUUGUUUUUGUUUUAUCAUUCACCAUUUUAAAGCUUUGACAUCCAUUUUAAAGUGUCCCUCUGCAAUUGGUUAAGAAAUAUGAUUUAUUGGGAUGUGUAUGAUAUAUGUAUUUAAUUUUGAAAUAAGUUUUAUUCUGUAUGUCUAGUAUUUGUUUAAGCUCUUUCCAUACAUACAUUUCUGUAUAAUUGCAAUACAGAAUUCAUCCAUAAAAGUCACCCACUUUGAAAUCAUAAACAUUACCCAUAUCAGCAGCACACCGAGUGAAAAUGCAGAAGGCAUGUGAUAAUCAGGAAUUCAGAGAUGUAAUUUAGUAUGAGUUGUGCAAUAUGGAGUUGUUCAUUGUUGUUUACAUUGUAAUGCCUGAUUAUCAUCUCCACUUAAAAACAGUCUUGUUUACCCUGAAA